CCGCCAUGCCUAACAUCUUUCCAUUCCGCUCUCGAUAUCCAGCGGCACAGAAGAGUGAGGCAGUGAGCGGACCGCCUGCUAGCGCACCAGCACCUCAGAGUGCAGAUGUACCUGCCACUGAAGCGCAUCCCGAGACACAUGAAGCCAAGGGUGCUGCCACGGACGCCUCUGCGGACGCACCUGAACCUACAGACAGCUCUGCUCCUGCGGCAAGUCCUGCCGACGAACACCCUCCGGAGACAAAGCCCGCGGAGAACGCGCCCAGACGUUUCUCGUGGAUGCCGUUCAGCCGGACCAACAGCGGGGACGCCAAGCAUGUCUUGCAUGAGCAAGAGAAGAAGCCUGCGGCUGAGCAGGCAGCAUCUCGCCCCCUUCUGGUGCGCACACGCUCGGAGAAGCAAGCACAACAAUGUGCUCUGUUCCUGCGUGAGCUCAUCGUCGGCCCUUCGUCCAAUAAUAUAAGCAAGGCUAAGCCAAAGACAAAGUCCCAUGCAGAAUUGGAGAAGGCAAAGGCGCAAUUAGCCAACCAGAAGACUGCAAACAAGGUGAUUGCGCAGCUCCGGCAGCUGUCGUCGUCGGACGAGCCAGUAGUUGUGGGGAUGGGUCCCAAUGGAGAAAUGCUGACCGCUCUUCCCAAGGGGCCCAUCCAUGCUGUGUGUCUGCCAUAUACCGACGCGGAGGCACACGAGCGUCACUUCCGCCGGCUCGAGAAGGACAAUGCGACGGCAACCGGAGCUGUGAAUCACACCCAAGGUGCGACGACGGCGACGACUACCACCGUGCACUUUGAGUCGACGACAACGGAGAUCGUCAGCGUUGCGAAUGCCUCUAUCACCACGCUCAAGAUGGUGUUUUCGGAGAUGAACCUCGUCAGCCUGAUCACCACGCCUGACCUGGGCCUGGGUGGACCUCCGGACGGUCCUGGAAUAUUGAGCGGCGCCCUACCUACACCACAGGCGAUCCUGGAUGGCGUAGAAAAGGUUACGCCUCAGCUUCUGGCGCUCGGGUAUGCUACAGGAAAGGCCGUGCUGCCUGAUCAUGCAGGCAUAUAUCCUCCCAAAGAUCGUAUGUCGGCCAUCACAUACUGGUGGGGAUUCGAGAUCGUGUUGCCACAGCCCUCCCUGCGAUACCUUGAGAACGUACCUUCCAUUACACACUCAGUCAUCAACUUCCUGACAGCCCUUUCUGUCGUUGAUGGUGGAGUGCGUGAGAUCAUACCAUUCGUCCGGUACAUAUCCUCCUUCAUCGACACAGAGUUCAACAUGAUCAAGUCGGAAGAUAAGGGCGACGGUGUCGUCUGUGCCGCCACGUGGAUAAUGCCCGCCGCACUUGUUCCCCGUCCCUGGGACUUCCCGCAACCACCUCCCAGAACCCCGUCAGCGCCGACUGCAGCAACCUCUGCUGAAGGAGAGAAGGGUACAACGGAGCAGAAGUCAGCUGCUCCCAGUGACGCCGCAUCGGCCGCACCUGCUACGGCGCCCAAUGCAGCCCCUGUAUCCGUGACCCCAGGCGAUGCGCCUGCAGCUAGCAAUCCAGCGCCCACGGAGACCGCACCGAAGGUCGAGGUGACGCCUCCAACGCCUGCUAUUGCAGAAGCUGACAUUUCUGCCCCUGUAACGAUAACCGCUGCAUGACGGCUCCACCGUCGUCUUCCUUGUACACAUCGGACAGCUAGAUACCACUUCUCGCAUUUCGGAUUGUAUGUAUAAUAUACCUUCUCAAAGCCAGUAGCUACCAUUCUUGUCCCGCCUCGCAUUUCGUUCUCGUCGUCAUAGCUCGCAUCGUAUACGCCAUUCUAUUAUGACCGCUCAGGACUCUCUCCAUACCUCGCGCCCGUGAUACCUGACAUCUUGUUACAGUAGAAACAUGACACCCUCACGAUACUUUCCUUGUUGCCGAAUGUAUACGCCAUUGUCUUGAUGCCAUCGCGCCCUCGUUCACGUUAAGAUAUAUCGAUUACAACAUUACCAUGGUAGGUAUAUCCAGCAGUGUCGCGGCUCGCGUUGAUCGUUACAAUCACAUCCAAACAACGUUCUCGUACAUCCCUUCUACUGAAUCCUGACCUCAGAAUCGGGCUCUGUAAAG